AUGGCGAGCACCAAUUCGCCGUCUCGCCAGGCCAGCCCGGCUGAAGCUGCAGCUGUUCCGGCGCCGGCAACACCAGCGCCAACUCGACAACCUCCAGCAUCUCCAUCUUCUGCCCGGGAACAAGAAGCUCCAUUGAAACCCGCCGAGUCACGAACAGAGUCUACGCCGAAACCACAGGCACAGCCCGAGGCCUCGACGACAGCGAUGGAAGCUGGUGGUCUGCCAGACGAUAGAGGCGCGUUCGAGCCCGAAAAGGAGACGCAUUUUGAUAAGCCUGAUGGGGGCUUCUACGCUGGCUCGAGGAAGGAUUUCCCACUUCCUGCGUGCCGAUACCCGCUCCCCAGGACGAGCGUGAAGCGUCUCUCAGAGCCAGAACCGGGCACAAAGGGCGGUAGACAGAGACAUUAUACCGAUGACCCCAACCAUCCGCUACAAGGCUUUUGGACAGAGGCUGGUACCUGGGUGGACUGGCCGCCCAAGAGCAGUACGCCUGGUCCGGACGGAAAGGAACAGGAGCAGCAGCAGCAGCAUGGUCAUGAAAAGGCGCGAGAGCCGGAUCAUGAGGGUGACAAGGCUGACAGGGGGAACCAGUCUGGCCCAGCUUCUGAGACGACGGCAUCAAAGACUGGGGGUACAGCUACUGUGAGUGCAUCAGAUGAUCGUGACCAGCAGGAGGCCGCCAAUACUGCAACUGCCCAUGCGACAGCCAACACGACUGCCAGUAGCCGUCGACAGACAAACGGCACCAUUGGGAGCGUCUACUCCGGCAACAAGAUUCGCCAUCUCAAGAAAGACGACGGCAUUCCGCUGUGGCGCAAAGAUAUCCAACAUCUCUUUCUACGGCUGGUAUUCGAGGACACCACGCCCGUCUUCACCCGACUUUCGGACGGGAAAGGUGGACUGACCUUCGCGGACAUUUAUAUCGACGCCAUGGCAAAGAGUAGCAAGACUAGCAAAGUCUUGAAGGACAAGCUGACCAGUGACAGGCCUGCUGCAAUUAACAUGGCCAUGGCUCAUCAGGACUCAAGCGCAUACAAGCAACUCCAAGACGCACCCCGGCUUAAAUCCAUUUUAAAGGGAGCGUCUGAGGACAUCGAACAGCCUAAUACUAUUGAGAAACUAAGAGAUACUCCAGUCCCACGCACUAAUCCCGUCAACCUCAUCUUCAUUCUAGCACAGUAUGCUCCUAAGAUAUCAGAAAUGCACUUCCAUUCACCCCAUGACUUCUUCGACCUUGUCAUGCGCGCUACACUGAGCAGCAGGAGCCGUGCCACGGCCUUCCUCUGGCUGAUGUGGUUUUAUUUGGAGAGUGACUUCUCCGACGAGGCGGCUCUGAAAAACCCUUUUGGUCCUGGUGUGGUUGGGGACGGGACCGAUGGCUCACCACUGAAGAUUCCCCCGCUGGAAGACCUGACGGAGGAAGAAGCUGAUGCGGAGAAUGUUGAUACCCAGGACGAGAUUCUAUAUGGAGAGGAAAAGCAGAAGGAACGCAGGAGUCGAGAUAAACAAUCGACCUGCUUCACUCCCCUCAACCAUAGCAGGCGCCUAGGCGACGAAGAGGACGAGGAGCUGCAGACUCCUGUUCAAAGUUUGAGAUCACGGAAUAAACGCAAACGCGACUCCUCAGCCACUCGCUCAUCAACCAACCCUGGGCGAACGCGUAUUGUUCUAAAGACGAAAAUGGACCAGACUCCUGAUGCCUCUUCUCCCGUGCCUCCUGGCUCUAGUCAUCCGGUCCUACACCAGUUUACUGCUGGAUCGCCUGCGCCGGGACAGACGCCGUCAUCGUCUCGUCGACCUCGGCCACUGACACAGCAUCAACUAGCCAUAGAGCAAAACCGCAGGCAACGGGUAGAUUAUAUCCUUGCUCAACGCCGUGCAGAAGAGUAUAGUAAAGCUCGCCAGGUCAGGGAAGAUGGGUCCCGUCUUAUACGUGCCGGUAGACUCCUCCAAUGCCUUCCGGUGGAUUACGAUACUGACGAUGACCGUUCGUGGGGUAAAGGUGGCCUUUGUUUGAACCCAGAUGCGCAGCAGGAAGAUUUUGGUGAAGCAGGGAGCUUCUACUUCUCUGUUCUGAAGAAGGUAGCUCGGCGCAUGCACCGAUGGGAUUGGCAAGCCAUUGCGUCAGGAGAUAAAGAUAUUGGGCCCAACGGGUUAAUGCACGACCACGCACUCGAGCUAGGGGAUGCGGGUGCCAACGCCGGCAUGGGUGAAGAGGAAGAAGCUGAACCUUCCGCCGCUGCACCGUCUAGGAGCUCUAGGGGAGGCAGAAGAGAUCGCAAAUCAAAUGCAAAUGCUGAUAAGCUGUCGACCCCAGAUCCAAGCCGACUGGCCGCGCCUCCAUCCGGUGGUAAGAGGCAGUAUAUCCGCCGUAAACCUUUACCUGAGCGCAAACCGGGCGAGGGCGGCCGGAGGGUUCGUCCGAGUCGGUCAAAAGCAGCUCUGGCUGCGGCGGCUGCGGCAAAGGCUGAGGCUGCAGCUAACAAGGCGCUGGCUAUUAAGCAGGAAGUCAAUGCAACCGGCACUAGUGCGGCUGGAUCUGAGCUGGGACUACCCAGCUCCCCAGCCCGGGACGUGCACAUGAAAGAGGCGGGUGAGAUCGACCACGACCAUGACCAUGAUGACGAGGAUGGAGUUCUGGACGAUAUUGAUAAGGACAUAUUAGGCGACGCGAGUACCUACGGCGGAGAUGACGUCGACGAAGAGAUCGAUGCCGAAGGCGAAUCACGCCUCUCCGUCUCUCCCCUUCCCGACCCAGACCAGGAGCCAGGGUCUGAAGCUGUCGCCAGGCAAGCUGGCAUGACUGCUGCCACAGAAGACAAGACUCUCCCCGCUUCCAUCAACAGUCAUCAUGACUCGGACGACUCAACUGAGGAAGACGUUGUUGCCACCGCCCUGGCUGCCGCUGACACCCCGGACACGAACGGGUAUGCAGACGAGCUUGGCCAUGGACGUGACCGGGAACAUGUCGACAGAGACGGUGACGAGAUUAUGGCUCAGGGCUAG